GCGUGAUGACGUCACACGCACGAAGGAAUCACGUUCGCCGUAGUUGCGUCCAGGGAGUAAACUGUGAGUUUUUUCACACGAAGGGUAAGAAAACUUAUGCAAAUUACAUAACAAUGCUUGUUGGGUGCCUGUCCUUUCGUCAGCCAUAUGCUGGUUUUAUUUUAAAUGGUGUGAAGACAAUAGAAACUCGCUGGCGACCUCUGCUGUCCAAAUACGGUAAUAGUACCAUAGCCAUUCACAUAGCUCAAAAAGACUGGGAAGAUUCAUCAUGGAAGGAUAUUCUUAUCAACAGGAGAGCCAUGACAACAGAGGAAAUCGACAAGUUAAUAAAUGAUGGUGAGCAAUAUGGUAGAGGAGUUAUAGCAGGUCUGGUUGAUAUUGGAGAAACAUGGCAAUUCCCUAUGGAUUUAUCCCCUGAUGCUGUAAUGAAGCUUGAAAAUAAUGCAGUUCUCACUGGCCUAGAAGAAAAAUAUCUCACUCAUGUUUCAAAUCCAAGGUGGCUACUGGAACCACUGCCUGCCCAAGGAAAGAGAAAUGUGUGGAUGGUUAAUAUACCUGAAGAGUUUAUUCCAUUUUGAAGGAGGCAGUUGCGUUAGCACUUGUUACUUAACACGAGACACAAGAUUAUUCGUAGCAAAGUAUGUUAUAAUAUGGUGCUAACUACAUUCUAAUUAAGUUGCCAAGUACAAGGCUUAUUAAGUCACUUUAGACAUUUUAAAGGUAUAGGAUGGCCAAUGUUGCAAAAUCCUUGAGUGGCCUACUAAACCCGUAGGAUGUUUUUUAUGCGGAUAUUUUCUGAUAAAAUAUUUAAACUCUUACUGGUUGGGUUUAGAAUUAGUCAAGCUUUAUCUAUAUCACCUUGCCAGGGUAUGUUUUGAUAUUUCACAUUAUAAAGCAGAUCUGAAAAUCAAUAGGAUAGUAAUUGUUCCAGACAGUCAAGUGACUAUGUUAGGUGAUUACAGAACAAAGGCAACCCAUACCCAUAAAAUGUGCACAAUCAAAUUGUUCUUCAGUCUAUCUGAAAUCUUUUUUGCUAUUUUCCGUGUAAUCUGGCUCAAUUAUCACAAACAUGGAUGCAGCGUUUAUUUUUUUAAAUAAAUAUUCAUCCAUCUAGUCAUUAAUUUUGUAAAUUCCAUGUCCCAAUAAAGGUCAUAGUGGAAGCAAGCUUAGUGGGCAUAUCAGGCUUCCCUGUCCCCAGCAACAGUCCACCACUGCAUUAGGACCUCUUGCCAGUGGGCUGUCCUUUGUAUACCUUCCAUAGGAGGCACGGGGAACAUCUUCACAUAAACUCAUUUGGCUGCUGUCAAACAGGAGAAGCAGUAGCUCUCCUGUGACACAUUCAUGAGUUGCAGUGCUUUUCUGUUUUUCAUGGAGAGUGACCCUUGCAGCCAUGAGAAGAAACUUAAUGUAUGCUGCCUGUAUACUAAGUCUCAUCCUUUAUGUCCCUGUCCAAAGCUAUUAACCAUGGAUGAGGAUGGAGACAUAGACUGACUAGUAAAUUGAAAUUUACAGCCUUUGACUUAACUUUCACUAUAUUGAUGCAUUGUAAUACAAUGCCUGUAUUACUUUCACUACUAUACUCAUUCUAUAAUCAGACUUCCAAGCCCAUUUACCUUCUGUUGUGAAAAGCCCUUGAGGUGCGUAAACAUCUCCACUUGUCCCCCCUUAUUCUGCAGAGAGCAGUCUACCUUUUCUUGGACAAAACUAUGUCCUCUCAUUUGGAAGUGCAGGUUUUCAUCCCAGCUACUUCAUAAAAAGUAGCACGUUACUCCUGUGCAUGUUGGAGAUCACAGUCACUUCAGGCCAAGAAGGCUACACUCUCUGCAUAUACUAACAAUGGCGCCAUCACAUUCACCAAACUAGAUAUUCUGCAAUUCCUGGCUUGCCUUAAUGUGAUUUGUUUGAAAAUUAUGAAUAGGAGGAUAGAUUAAACACAUUCUUGAUGAUGUCCUACAAAAGCAUUGAAAGAAUCCUGUCUAAUGCCAGGAACUCAGACUCAGUUGUGCUUCACUUAUACUGGGAUGCAGAAUGCCACACAACAAUGGCCAUGCAUCCCCAAAGACAGUAUCUCAUAUGGCUUCUUGUACAUAAUUGCAUGCAAACAAUACUGUGAAACUUCUAUUCCACAGCCAGAGUAGAAUCUGUAUUGCUUCUGAAUCACAAGCAUGAUUUUCAGGCAAAGUCUCUUCCUGUCCUCUUUUUGAAGAUGGGACCAUCAGUACAUUUUAUGAAAAAAACAAGUGGUACUGUUCCCACCUUCAGUUCAUAAUUAAAAAAAACUGAUUGACCUUAACACCCAAUCAUUCAAAAGCAUCUUAAGCAUUUCCAUCCAAAUCUCAUCAACUCCCACAACCUAGCCACAGUGGAACUUUUUAAUUGAUGCAGUGGCCUCAUCUGCAGAAAUGGACCUAUUCCCACCGUUAUUUCUGGCAUUGCCUACUACAUGGAGGGCAUAUUCUUUAGGUUAAGUAGCUCUUUAAAAUGUUCUUUUCAACUUUUAACAGUGUGUCCGGUUGAGGUCAGUAUUUCUCAAUGUUUAUCUUUCUGUAGAUGAUCAAUGAUCAUAAAGGACAAGUUACACUGAAGAAAUAAAGCAAGCCUACUGGACUGAUACCAAAUAAAAAAUAGCAAAUUGGUAACUCAAUGUGUGUUUUGCAAUCAUGACAAGUAGUGCUUUGGCGAGGGUUAAUUGUUAAAGCACAUGAAACAACCUAAAUAGGCACAGUUAAUCAAAUGACAUUUUACAAGUACCAUUACAAGCAUUUGAUUACAAAGAUGAAUGGGUUUACACUUUUACAAGGGAAUUAAAUAAAAGUACAAAACUUCUCAUUCAAACCAGCGGUGGCAUGCAUGCCUAAACUGAGUGCCCAUUUGAACCAGUGGAUGAAGAGAGGCCCUUGGGGUGCCUAAUGGUCAGUUGCAAGGAGGAGAAAAAAAACUUUACAGUAUCCUUCACCAAUGGUGUCUACUUGUGGGAACUGUAAUAGGAGCUCCAAAAUAAAACAAAAACAGGCACUGUAAAUAAUAACAUAAAGCAAAUCAAUCUAAAUGUUGUAAAUGAAAAUACAUUGUUCUACUGCCAAUGAAAAAUCCAUCUUUAUUUUACCUGCUUAUCAGGUAGACAUAUUCUGGUUGCUUUUUAAAAUAAACUAGUUUUCCCACUCUAGAAAGACUUUUGUUAGUUUAUUAUGGAAACAACAUUCUGGUAGAAGACAAGAGCAGAAUAUGAAGUAACAUACCAUGCAGCAAACAGUCCACAUGUUUUGUGGAGAACAGCAAAGGAUAAAAAUGAGUAGAUUCAAGAAAGUAAACCAGCAGAUUGAUUAAGGAGAGCAAAGGCAUGUUCAGAUACAUUUCUGAAAUCUACACAAAUGUACAUCUGAAUUACAUAGAGGUGUUUUCAUAUGAAAUCUGUAACCUUACACCGCCCAUGCAGAACAGUAAAAGUAGCCUGAUAAGUUUAAAGGGGAAUUUCACCCUCCUUGCUCCCCAAAUCUAAGCUUUCUAUUUUACCAUUGUCUGUAAAUGCCUCAGAACUAGAGGGUCUGUGGGAACUAUAAUGUAUUUAGUAAAUAUUAGUGAUCAUAAUUCUUGCAAAUGCUGCACAUUGUCAUAGUUUGCAGUGGUUAUCUUCCUCUAAAUUCUGUUGCAAUGCAUUUAUGCUAAACUAGGAUUUAUCUUACCUCCCAUAAAUUGUAUUUUUGAAGAUAUUAUUUUGUAUGUUGCCCUUUGCCAGAUCACACUUACUACACAUUUGGUCAGUUGUGGAGUUAAUAGUAUGCAAUAAAAGAGUCAUGCAGAUGCACCAGCAACAAUAAACUGUGAUAUACAUUUUCUGACAAAAAUGUAGCAAGUUUGGGCUGGUGAACUCAUUUUAUCAACUCACACAUAAAUUAAAACGUCUGAAGAAUGACUGUAUAAAUUGAUAUCAUUUCAAUAGGUGUGAUGCCUGUAACUUUUUUUGUUACACUAAGUGGUAUCUAUGUUUCUGUUUAAAGCUAAAGUACCCUUACCAUUGUAUAUUUAGAAUGCAAUUUAUAUAUACUUAUUUCCCUUAGAACAACAUCUAAUACACAUCUACAUGUUCGUAUGGUUUAUUUUUUACAUUAGCACAGAAUUAUUAGGACUAUAAACUGUUCUUGUUUUAAAAAAUAAGAUGCAAAUAUAUUUUGAUGGAGCUCAUUGGUUCAUAACUUUAGGAAUAAAAUAGUUUGAUUUAA